GGUUCGGACAAGAAACUCACAGCACAACUUUGUAUCACUGUCUUUUGGGUUGCAUUUAACUUAUUGCACAGAAGGCAAAUCAGAAACGAUGGCUACAUUGAACCAACAGUACGAGAAGAAGGUGCGACCCUAUAUCGACCUGAUCGACUCCCUCCGCUCUCUGGGAGUGGAGAAGGACCUGAAUCUGCCUGCCAUAGCCGUGAUAGGGGACCAGAGCUCUGGGAAGACCUCAGUGCUGGAGGCGCUGUCCGGAGUGGUUCUGCCAAGAGGAAGCGGCAUAAUCACAAGAUGUCCUCUCGAGCUGAAGAUGAAGAGAAGGAAAGAAGGCCAGGAUUGGUAUGGAAAGAUUAGUUACCAAGAAUUUGAGGAGGAGCUAAAUGAUCCUGCAAUUGUGGAGAAAAUAAUCAGAGAAGCACAGGAUGAAAUGGCCGGAGUCGGCGUGGGGAUUUGCGAUGACCUCAUCACUCUGGAAAUUGCUUCCCCUGAUGUACCGGACCUGACUCUCAUCGACCUUCCUGGCAUCGCCAGGGUGGCUGUAAAGGGACAACCAGAGAACAUCACUGAUCAGAUAAAGCGACUCAUCGACAAGUUUAUUAGAAAACAAGAAACCAUCAUUCUGGUGGUGGUUCCAUCCAAUGUGGACAUCGCGACCACAGAGGCUUUAAAGAUGGCUCAACAGGUUGAUCCUGACGGAGAGAGAACUCUGGGUAUUUUGACCAAACCUGACUUGGUGGACAAAGGCACAGAAGAGACGGUGGUGGAAAUAGUCAACAACAAACUCAUCCAGCUGAAGAAAGGCUACAUGAUCGUCAAAUGCAGAGGCCAGAAGGAGAUCACAGAGAAGGUGUCUCUGACUGAAGCCAUUGAGAGAGAGAAAGACUUCUUUAAAAAUCACCCCUAUUUCCACACUUUGUAUAACAAAGAACUUGCAACCAUUCCCAUUCUGGCAAAGAACCUUACUAUUGAGCUGGUGCAUCACAUCGAGAAAUCUCUCCCAGGACUGGAAGAGCAGAUAGACGAAAAGCUGAAGCAGACUCAGAUGGAGCUCGACCGGUACGGUGAUAAACUCCCAUCUGAUUCUGCAGAGAGACUUGUCUUCCUGACUGAGAAAGUCACAGCGUUCAUCCAGGAUGUCAUCAGUCUGACUACAGGAGAUCUGGAGCUGAAGACUGGUGAGAAACUCAAUGUCUUCCCUGUGUUUAGAAGAGAGUUUGGGAAAUGGAAGGCCCACUUGGACAACUCUGAAAAAAACUUUAACAGAAAGCUUGAAAGAAAGGUGAAGGAAUAUGAGGAGAAGUACCGUGGAAGAAAACUACCAGACUUCAACGAUGACUUUGAGGUGAUGGUGAAGGAGCAGAUCAGACAGCUGGAAGAACCAGCCAUCUGGAAGCUUAAGGAUGUCAAAGAUGCUAUCAACAAAACCUUCUUUCAGCUGGCCCACGACAGCUUCUCAAGAUUCUCCAAUCUUCUGAGCACAACCACGCUAAAGAUACAGAACAUUAUGGAGAAAAAUAAAUCUUCUGCUGAACUGAUGCUGAGGACCCAGUUCAAGAUGGAAGUCAUGGUUUACUCCCAGGAUAAGACCUACAGCAACAGUCUGAGUGAGAGCAAGAAGGAGGAAGAGGGGAACGACAAAGACUCCCUUUCAGGAAAGAGCAUCACACACUCCAGGGAUAACCAUGCAAGACUUCAAGAGCUGAUGGAGCAUUUUAAAUCAUGCUACAAAAUUGCGGGAAUGCGUCUGGCUGACCAGAUCCCCAUGGUGAUCCACUAUGAGAUGCUACAACAGUCUGCUAUGCAGCUGCAGAAGGAAAUGCUGCAAAUACUUGAGAAGAAAAAAGUGGACUCCCUACUGAUGGAGAAGAAUGGCAUCAGCAACAAGAGGGAUGCGCUGCAGAAGCACAUGAAGUGCCUCAUGCAGGUCCAUAUCUACCUGAUGGAAAUCUAG